AUGUCCACUCUGACGGAUUUCCCCUUUGAGUUUGCUUUUACACCAUGCAAGCCAUCAACAACCCCGAGCUUCUCUUUCGAUCCUUCGCUUCUUGAGAUCCCCUACAGCACAGGCCCACAUGCUGGGUCUCAGGCCUCGAUCUACUCGUUUUAUCCCUUGCUUUCGGACUACACAACAGACAGCGACUACAGCACCCGCAUAAAAACCAACGCAAGGCUGCCCAUCCGCACCUACGGACCCCUGCUUCUUCCCAAAAUUAGGCCCCAAGACUCGGCCAUCGGCUCCAUCACUGCCGUUUCACCCCCGAAGCCGAAACCGAAGCGUAUAAAGACCCUUACUUCCACCGCUGGCGUCUGCAAGAGCUCAAAGGCCCGUUUCAAGCACUCCAACUUCGCCAACCCCGAAUCAAGCCCCUCCGUGUUUGUUCAACCCCAGCCCAAGACUAUGGCUGCGCCACUCUGGACAACCAUGACCGAGAACAUGUCUUCAUCCCAGCUUCUCUGCUCCCCUAUGUCCAAGCCGGCUUCGUCCUAUGACCACCACCAGCUAUCGCCAUUCAUGGCAGCAGCCACUACAAUAGCCGGUGCCAUGUCGUCAAUGCAGACCCAGACCCUCAUGCCGCAGCCGGAUUUGUUUUACCACCAUCAACAGACGUUCACGCCGCGCGAGUCAUCCCCUCUCGCCUCUGCCAGUGAGGCUGCCGCCCCGGCCGCUGGACCGACAAGCACCUUAAUAUCAUACCUGACCACUGCCAAUCCUGCCCCGGCUCUCGUCCGCACCAUCUCGUUCCCGCUGAACGAUCCUCAUACCAAGCAUUUCUGGUGGGAUGUCAGACAGGUUCGCCCCUGGACCGCCUUCGACGCCUCUACAAUUUUAUCCUUUCCCGGCGCCUCAACCCUCCUCUCCACUGCUGUGCCAGCGUGUCUCCUCCCUUCGCUACCCGUCACACAGCAGCAUCCCGAGACAGAGGCCGCUCUGUACUCUAUUUAUUCCAGCUACUACCUGCCCAAGCUUAACACCGCCCUCAGCCUCUCAAGCACCCGCCCUCUGCAGCUCUCUCACCCGUCCAAGAGCAACAGUGCGGCAACAACCACUCCUUCCUCACCAGCUUCGGACUUUGUGUUCGUUGUCAACGCUCGCGGCGAAACGUCCUCGGCCACCGCCAUAUUUGGUGGGAAGCCCACGGCCCGCUUGGUGGGCCUGGUCAAGAGUUUUGACCGCUUCAACACUGGCAUGCGAGUCGAUAACACCAAGCGUAUCAAGUACCUCAAAGGCUUGGCGCACCUUCACCAAAUCAUGCGUGAGCACGGCUGCCGCUACGGCUUUAUCCUGACCGAGAUAGAACUUGUCUUUGUCCGCAACGGCGCCGAGGAAACCCCACAUUUUGGCUAUCUCGAGGUCGGCGCCACACAGCUGGCCAAGCAUGGAGAGGGUAGUGCAAAUAACGACGAGACCCCCCUGACUGCCUGUCUGGCGCUCUGGGGUCUUUGCAUGCUGGUCGGCGACGAGCAGCUGCCCGGCCAUGCACACUGGCGCAGUGAGAUCGGCGCGCCAGCCGAGGGCACGCGGCGCAAGGCACUCCCGCGGGAUGACUGGAUGCCUCAACCGGGGCUGGCUGAGAGGCGUGGGGCCAAGCGGGCGCGCGGCUGGGUUAUGCCUGAGGAUGCCAUUGGGCGGAAGGAGAUCGGCAAGCGAGGCGUGCGGUACCCCAGCUGUCAAAUGGAGUGA